CAGCACACUUGGCCUAAUAAGACUUCUUUUAUUGUAAAUCAAGCUGCAGAGGUUGGACCCGACGGGUUUUCUGACUACAGCGUGACCACAGUCACUAUUCGUGUGGUGGACCUCAACAACCACCCGCCCACUUUCUACGGCGAGAACGGUCAGCAGAACCGCUUCGAGCUGACCAUGUACGAGCAUCCACCAGAAGGAGAGAUACUCCGCGGCCUGAAGAUCACGGUCAACGACUCAGACCAGGGAGCAAAUGCUAAGUUCAGGCUGCUGUUGGUGGGACCCUCUCGAGUUCUCCGUGUGGUUCCUCAGACGGUUCUCAAUGAAGCACAAGUCACCAUCAUUGUGGAAAACUCGACUGCCAUCGACUACGAAAAAUACCAGUUCUUAACAUUCAAGCUUUUAGCGGUGGAGAUUGACACUCCCGAGCGCUUCAGUGCCACUGCGGAUAUCGUCAUCAAUCUUUUGGACACAAAUGACAACAUUCCAAAGUUCUCCUCUGAGUUUUACAUCGCCAGGAUCCCUGAGAAUUCCCCAGGAGGCUCCAACGUCGUCUCAGUGACUGCGACUGACCCGGAUUCAGGGCUUUGGGGAGCUGUGAAAUAUUCCAUCUAUGGCUCUGGCGCUGAUCUGUUUCUCAUUCACCCCACGUCCGGCAUCAUUUACACGCAGCCCUGGGCCUCUUUAGACGCUGAAGUGAAGUCAAAAUAUAAUUUCUAUGUGAAAGCUGAAGACACUGAGGGCAAAUACAGCCUCGCAGAGGUUUUUGUCACGGUGCUGGAUCAAAAUGACCACCCACCAGAGUUCAACCAGAACUUCCUGGAGAAGACCAUGAUCAUUGGGGCACCAGUGAAAAUAGAGGCAGUGGAUGAGGACGCGGAGGAACCCAAUAACCUGAUUGAAUAUUCCAUCAUGAAAGCUGAUCCAGACAACAUCUUCGACAUUAACACGUCCACAGGAGAGAUUAAGCUAAAACCGUACAUCAAGUCUAUGGAGAUUGUGCAGAACAUCACCAAACAGAAAGACUGCCGGUGGUCUGUGGUGGUCCAGGCUCGUGAUCGAGGCUCUCCAUCCUUCAGUACAACAGCGGUCGUGAAAAUCGACAUCACGGAGGCGAAUCGGCUCAAAGGGCCCAUGGCUGCUUUUCUAAUGCAGAGCCGUGACAAUCCCAUGAAAGCUCUUGGCCUAGCCAUCAGCAUCAUUACCGUGAUGGUUUUAGUGACAGUUAUGAUCUCCACCAUCAUCUACUUUCGCAACACAAAGUCCAACAGGAUCACACCAGCACGCCGCAUCAUUCGCAAGAGGCCCAAAGACCAGCGCAGCUGGACCUUCAGGCCAUGGUUUGGACGGAGCGACCAGAGCUUUGGAAAGUUCUUCACUGAUGAUGAGACGAGCGGCAACCACAGCAGCCUCAGAGCCAAGCCGCCAGCCCCCAGCGCUCCGGUGCUCCCGCCUCCACCUCCGGUUCACUCCCGGCCGAGCGAGCGGCUGCGGUCAGUGCCCACGGUGUCCGGCUCCAUGGCCUCCAGAAACACCAGCCGCAGCUCCAGCUGGAAGACCAGCAAAAACACAGAUGUCGCCCAGAGAUCUGGCCAAAACAAAGAUGGCAGUGGCAUCAGCUCCGCUCUAGUAUCUGAGCUUAAAAUGAGAAUAGAACAGAAAAUCAAUGAGGCAAAUCAAGGCUACUAUUACUGACACGCUGACUGGUGUGAGCAAUGGAUACAGACACAUGUGUUUUUAUAGACCAUUGGACAUUUGAUUUAACAAGCAGUUGGCUGAGAAGAAUGCUCUUUUUUUGUGAAAGUGUUUUUAAAGUGGCCGUCUGGUUUACCUAAAUUGUUUCUAUUUUUCAACAUGCCGUGCAGUCAUUUAAGAUCUAAGAUUUCUAUAAAUUAUUUAUGUGAAUAUUGCAUGUACUUUCUGUCCUACUGUCUGACUGUAUUUCUUCAGCUUUUGCCUUGAGGAUCUUUGGUACAAGUCUGCAGAUUGUGUGGACAUCAGAUUCUCAUUUGUAGUUAUUGCUGUCAAACCUUUUUUAAAAUUAUUGUCAUUAUUGUUUUAUAAAGAGUUUUUCACUGAUAUUUCGAAAGUUUUUAUUUUUAUUUUCUUGUACAUAUUCUGAGAAAGAGAGCAGAUGAACAUCCAUGUGCUAUUUGCUGUAGGCCAUAUCUGAAUGUCAAAUAUGUUUAUCAUGAAUCAUCACAUAAAGUCUGUGCUGUAACUGAAUUUAGGAAUAAAACAUUUUUAAAGUGU